AUGAAGGUGGUUGUUUGUGCCCUGUUCCUGCUAGGACUUUUAACUCCAACUCGAUGUUCCUCACGAACUCAACUGAUCAAAGAGUUUCUGGAGCAGCGUUCCAUUACCAGCUUGCUGUUACUCCACUGUGUCCAGGAGCUGGUUGAUCAGGAUGUGAUCCGCAUCGCCUCAGCCCUUCGCCAGUCAUUCCAUGGCAGCGUGUACUACCUCGACGUGACCGGCGCCCACUUUCGACGGCACUUUCAAUGGCACAUGUUUUACGAGCGCUACAAAACGGCCAUCACUCUCAACCUGGAGUGCUCCGGAAUGGAGUCGGUGUUGAGUCACCUGUCCGAUAAUGCCUACUUCAAUGAUACCUUUCAUUGGCUUAUGUUUGGUGGACGCAACUUUGAGCAGGUGACCUGUUUGCUGUCGGCUCAGAACAUUAACUACGAUGCCUCCAUCAUGCUUGUGUUCGAUCGUGGCGAUCGUGCAGAUGUUCCCAGGAUUUUCGAAGUGUAUGAUGUACGGGGGACCGUUAAGCGCCGUGGGGGCCGGGUUAGUUUCGAUCUGUUGGGAACAGUUUCUUCGUUGAACCAGCUGCCCAAAAGACGGGCUCGCAGCCAGGACCUGGAGGGCAUUGAGCUGUGGACAGCGCUGACGACCAUUUCCAAACACCAGCCACGACCAUUAAUCGAGUAUCUCAACACUGUAAAGAGACAGACAUCGUACACCGCAACCAUACACAGCUAUCAGCUGGUGAAGUUGCUUGAGAUGAAGCUGAAUUUCAAGCUCAUAGUGAUAUUAACCGAAGAUUGGCGGUUUGAUCUGAUCGGCAAAAACUCGUCACGAGGUGUAGUGGGCCAGAUACAAACCAAACAGGUCGAUUUUGCGACCACUCCCUUCGCAAUCACGCCGGAGCGUAUCGCGAUCUUCGAAUACACCAUCGAAAUAGCGCACGGAACCUUCUACACCGUGUUCCGGCAUCCGAAAAGUUUGAACAAUAGCAACAUCUUCAUGCUUCCGUUCACAAAUAUUGUUUGGCUUGCUAUUAGCCUGAUCUUUGGCGCGGUAGCACUACUGAUCGCGCUGCUGAUCGUCUGCAUUCACCGGACAGGUCGCAGUAGAUCAACUCUCGACUGGCUGGUGGAACAGUCGCUGCUCGGUACGCUGGGGAUGGUGUGCCAGCAGGGCAUCCACCAUCGCAUCAUUAGGUGGAGCUCGAACCGAGUGCUGGUACUGGUCGCGAUGUGCUCCUCGAUGAUCCUGUUCCAGUUUUACUGCUCCUUCAUCGUGGGCUAUCAGCUGAUCACACCGCCAAAGACGAUCAACACGCUGGAGAAGCUGGUGGACAGCGAGAUACAGAUGACGGUCGAGAAUCUGAGCUACCAGCAUGACUUUUUUCGCCGUACCAACAAUCCGACCGCCUUGAAGCUGUACGAAACGAAGAUUCUGCCCAACAGGUAUGGAGGAUUCGUGAACCUUUCGUUCGGUAUGCAGCUGGUCCGGCAGGGCGGGUAUGCGUUUCACUGUGAAACUUCGUACGGCAAUGCACUCAUCAUAGAAACGUUCACCGAGCGGGAAAUCUGUGAGCUGCAGCAGGUCCAGCUCUAUCCCCAGCGUCCCGUCCAUCUGCCCUUGAUCAAGGGCAGCCCGUUGCGGGAACUGUUCAAGGUGAACCUGCAGCUGAUCAAGGAAAGCGGCCUGCUGGCGUACCAUCACGCUCGAUACUACACGCCCCGGCCCAAGUGCAACAAACAGAGCAGUACGCACACCGAGCAGAUCCAUCUGGCGGAUGUGAGGUUCGCGUUUGUACUGCUGGCCGCUGGUAUGGCCGCCAGCGCAGCAUUACUCGGGUCGGAGCUUGUAUUCUUGCACCUACGUACCUGGUGGCACGAGCAGCAGAUACGAGCCAUUCCGGCGGGGUUCCGUUGGCUUAAUUAA